AUGAUGUCCUGCAGCCGCCGCAUCGCGGCCCUGGCGUCGCUCCGUCCGCGCUUUGCCGUCCGCGCCUACUCCGCGACCGUCCCUCGUUUGUCAGAGAACCGCAUGGCCGCCAACGACCCCAACGUGCCCGCGGUCAAGCCCAGCGUCUCUGCUUCCAAUGCAGUUCUGUCCGACACCAUGAGCUCUUGGGAUGGUCUUAUGGAGGAGGACCCGAUCAAAGCGGAGCGUAUCCGUAGCCUCCAGGCUCCGAAUCGUGCCAAUACCUGGGCCGCCAGCCAGCAGCCCCGCGAGGAGGCCAUGACCGGCCCCCGUUUCGAGCAGACCAUUAUGGAGACUCAGCCGCAACCCAUGGCCGCCAUUGAGCUCAUUCACAAGCAGCCCGUGCGGUGGGUAAAGUCCAAGGUUGUCAGCUGCGACGGUGGCGGUGGCCCCCUCGGCCACCCCAAGGUCUUCAUCAACACCGACAAGCCCGAGAUCGCGACCUGCGGCUACUGCGGGCUACCAUUUGCUCAUGAGCACCACCGCUCCUACCUCGAGUCCCUGCCGGCUACCAGCUAUCCCCUCAAGCCCACCGGCAGCGCCGCCGAGGUGAAUGAGACCCAGCGUGUGACCGAGGGUGGCUUGGAGCAGCGGUAG